GCUUUGGCCUACUACCGUUGCCUGUGGCGGCGAUGGAGGAAGCGCAGGAGCCGGCAAAAGGAGACGCCGCCGAGCGGAUUUCGGCUGCCGCCCCGCCGGCUGAGGAAGGGGGAAUCUCGCUGCACAAUUUCCACGGCCGUUUAGCGGAGCAGCUGGUGCACUUCCACGCCAUGCGCCUGCAGGACUCGCUCUUCCUUUGGGUCGGGGACGGCCCCCAGCUCAGCAACCUGGCCGUGGCCAUGUGCACCCCCCGCGACUCCAUUCCAGCAUCUACCUUGCUUUUUGGCAAUGCUUCUGACAAUACAUCUAAUUCUUUAGCUCAAAGACUAGCCAGCAAGACUAAAAAACAGAUUUUUGUCAGUUAUAACAUUCAAAAUACUGACAGUGGCUUCAUACUACUUGUAGAAAAUCGUAUCAAGGAAGAAAUGGCAACUUUCCCAGACAAAUUUUAGUUCCGGAUAGUCACAUUUUUUUGUUUAUAUAUUUUUUUCCCAAAGAUUUUUUUAAAAAAAAUGUCACUGAGUUAUAUAUUUGGGAUGGCAAAAUGCAUUCAGUUUAAUUGAGUUUCUUUUUGAGCUAAUGAAUGAAUCUACAUAUAUAAUGAAAAGGAAAGAAGUAUUCGGCUCUUCAGAAAUUCCUGUUGGGAGAAUAUAGAACUGGAAUAAAUGCUACAACAUUUGACAGAUAUUGCCACCUGCUGUUUUUGCUUGACACAACAUAGAUCUGUUUUGAAUUUUCCAAUCAUAUGUGAUCUAGUUCUGUGGCAUUCGAUCAAAGAUAAAAUAAAUCUGUUCAGUGAAAAGUAUCAGAUUUGAAAUGGAUUCAUUGCAGAAUAUAUGCCUAGCAAACAAAGUCAAGGGAAAAAGACUUAAAACUUAAUAAGUCUAGUCUUAUCAGCUUCCCUAGCAAUUAGAUUGACUACUUUCCCAUUACGUGAGCACCAGUGGUGAGCAGGUUUACAUCUUUUUCAAGAAAGGGAGAAGCAUCUAGAACAUCUCUGAGAUGAGGCAGAAAAGGAGUCACAGCUUCUUCUCAGAAAAAAUGGAUUGCAAUGUAUAAAGUAAAAUAGCCAGAUGUCGAUUGCAUUACAAAGAAAACCACUUGUGCUAUCAAAUUAAAAUAAACCAAAAUGUAAUAUUUACU